AUGCAUUUGAAGCAGCAGUUUCAAGGAGCUGUCCAGGUCACUGCUGAUGAAACUCCUGCCUUCCUGGGAACGGAAGCCACAGAUUCUGUGCCAGAGACGUGUCACAUCGCGAAGGAUGCCAAAGAGAGAGGCUCAGAGCCUUCGCAGCCUUCGCUUCGACGUUACUCCGUUCACCUGCUCGAACACGGCGGAGCAGAGCUCUUGCGGACAUGCUUUUGUCCAUGGGCAACUUUGCGGGACGUCCUUUAUGCAGAUGCUGUGUGCAAGCGCUGGCACCGGCUGUCCCGAGAAGAGCAGUGGAUGGAGAUGUCCAUCCUCAAUGGUGGAGUCACGGCAAGCCUGCGGCGAGCCCUGUGGCGACACCUCUCGGCCGUGCAGAAUAUCGAGCAACGCUACCAGCGCGAGCUGGGCGUUGCCUCGGCCACGGAGGCUUUCGAAGCGCUUCUCAAGAAGCCGCUGUCACAAGCGAAGAUAUCCGAGAUCGAGCGCGAUGUCCACCGCACCUAUCCAAGCCACGAGCGCUUCGAGGGCCAGGAAGGUGCCAAAGGCAGAGCGGAGCUGCAGCAGGUCCUUCAGGCCACAGUCACCGCAGAGCCCAACGUUGGUUACUGCCAGGGCAUGAACUUCGUGGCAGCCACCCUGCUAAUCCAUCUCGGUUCAGCGAGCGAUGCCUUUUGGAUGCUGCUCGCUCUGCUGGAAAGCUAUCACUACAGGUUCGUCUUCGCUCCCGGAGUUCCACUCCUGCCGCUUCGUGUGUUCCAGUUUGCCGGCAUCGUGCAGAGAUGCCUGCCCAGACUAUGGCGACACCUCCGAGAGGAUGGGCAUUCCUUGGAGAUUUUUGCUCACCAGUGUGUGCUAACACUUUUCUCCUACAGCUUGGAGCCAGGUCUUCUUGCAUUUGUCUACGAUGCUUUCUUCCUUCAGGGCUGGAAGGCCGUCUUCCGAAUAGGUGCGAGCUUGCUAGCAUUUCUGGAGGACCAGCUGCUGCAGAUGGAUCUCGAGGACAUCUCACACCAUCUGCACCAGUGCAAGAAGCAUCUGCGCCUUCCACGCCGCAAUGGGCAACUUGGCGCCGCCGCCUUCCGCGUGUUGCUGCGCUUUGACGUGGGCCUGGGGAGCCUUGAAGAGCUGGAAUCGGGCUUUCAACUCCAGCGGCUCGAGGUGCUGUUGUCGCAGGUGAGCGUUUCCGGUGAGCACGAUGCCCAGGCUGUGGAUGGGAAGCACAGCAUCCCUUUCCCACGUGAGUGGCUGAUUCCGGGAUGGGCCCGCAGCACAGCUGGCAGCUCUCCGGCUGGAGCCGUUGGCAAGGACACGGCUUUGGACUAUCACAACCAAGAGGGUGUUGGCCGUGCAAUCAACGAAGCAGGCAUGCGCGAGAAGAUCUUUGUUGAGACAAAGAUUCCGGGGUGCGGCAUGGAUAGCACGAUGUUGAAUGUUUUCAAAUGCUAUGAAAACACCAAGCGGGACUUGGAGCUAGAUCUUGCGAAGCUGAAUCUCUCCUACGUCGAUUUGGUCAUCGUUCACUUCCCCCCCAUCUCCUCAAUGGUGACCCGAUCAUGCAACAGCUGGUCUGGUGGUUGCCAGAUGGUUCGUGCGCAGUGGAAGGCCAUGGAGGAGUUCUACAAGCAAGGGAAAGCGCGUGCUAUCGGAGUGUCGAACUACUGCCCUAGCUGCUACGACUGCCUGAACUCCACCGCCACAGUCCUCCCCAUGGUGAACCAGGUGCAGCUUCACCUGGGUAUGGGGACAGAUCCAGCUGGUAUAGUGUCCUGGCACAAGAAGCGUGGAAUCCAGCUACAAGCCUACAGCGUGCUCGGAAACACUGCUGUCAGCCACAAAGCUAGUCCAGAGAUCUUAACGGGGAACUUGACCACGAGCAUCGCCAAAGCUCAUGGAAAAAGCUCUGUGCAGGUGGCGCUUAAGUGGGUGGUCUCGCAAGGGAUUCCCGCUGUGACGAAGUCGGCCAGCGCAGAGCAUCUUUCUGCGGAUUUGGACCUUUGGUCUUGGGAUUUCACGGACGAGGAGAAGCAGGCGCUGGAUGCAAUGAGCUCUCCCAAGGGCUCCUACUCGUUCGGGUGCACGUCUGAUGACGCGAAGAUUUUGGUUUGA